GGGAAUGCCGGCGGGGAUGAACGGCUCUCUGGGAAUGCCGGCAGCCCCGAACGGCUCCUCGGCGGCGGCGGCGGGGCUGCUGGCGGGGGCCGGGGCCGCGGCGCUGGAGCUGGAGCGGGCGCUGCGCUGCUGCACCGCCGCCUCCGUGGUGACCGACGGCAGCGGCGCGGCGGCGGACGAGCGCAGCCUGUACAUCAUGCGCGUGGUGCAGAUCGCCGUCAUGUGCGUGCUGGCCCUCACCGUGGUGUUCGGCAUCUUCUUCCUCGGCUGCAACCUGCUCAUCAAGUCCGAGGGCAUGAUCAACUUUCUGGUCAAGGAGCGCCGCCCGUCCAAGGAGGUGGAGGCGGUGGUGGUGGGGCCGUACUGACCGCAGCGCGGAGCGCCCGCAUUCCCCCGGGACGCGCGGGGCCGGCCCGGGGCUUUUCCUCCUGGAAAACGUCCGGCGGAUGGAUCCCGGGAUGCCGGAGGUCGGGAGAUGCUCGGGUGGACGGAGCCGCCUGUCCCGGCCCGCUCUGGGACUGCCGAAGUAAAGCGUG